UUCUAGCUAACUUUCUAGCAGAGACUCAGCUAGUAGGCACCCUUGGUUCUGGCCGCAUGAAGCUACAAAUCCAACUUCUGACAGAAAAUUGCUCGGAGACGGGAGAUUCUGAGGGCCUCCCAUGACAUCAAAUGGCAUCCUGCUAUCAACUUCAGCAGAAUUAAGCAUGAGCCUUAAAACACAUCACCAUUCCGUCCGGUGACUUGAAAGCAACCUGUCGUCUUCCUGCACUGCAUCAAGGCCCAUGCCUUCAAUUAUUAAAUAAUUCCGAUUUCCCUGAAAUAGAUAUGUAAUUGCAGCCUGUUUUUAUAUAAAUCUGUUGUCUUAAAUUAAACAUUCAUGUUGUAUAUACAAUAGACAGAAAAACACAGAGGCCCUGUCCAACUCUAAUGAAAGUUUAAUUGCUAAGAGACAGUAUUGAGUUUACAAUUAAGUGCAGAGUGGAGAUAGAAAAGGGAGUGAGCUUCCUUCCUGCCAUUUAAACCCCAAGAUCAGGACAGUUCAUAUUGGCACUUGGGUGGAAGAAGGAUGAGCUGCUCUUAUGUGCUGGAGAGCUGGUUUUUAAAGCUAUCACAUCGUUCUGUGCCGUGAACAGAUGGACAAGAAGGCAUCCAGUGAUCCACAUAGCUUGGAAAACAUGGAGCUAGAAGAGAUAGCCAGCAAAAUAUCUGAUCUAGACAAGUGGAGAAAGAUCUUUAGUUGUCAUGGAUUGGAAAUCAGCCACACCACACAUCAGAAGUGCCAAGACCACAAAUCGGAGGACGACAAAGAGGAUGCCGCUGCAGCGUCUCAAAUGACAAACCCCCUAAAGCAAAGCCGUUUCCCAUCCAAUAUUCUUCACUCGAUUCCCAAAGCUCUCAUCGUCUCAUCGAACAUCGGAGGGCGGCCCAUCUCACUGGAAAUGGCAGUGGGACUUCGUAGGAUGUUAUUUGGAAGCACAUAUCAAGUCUUCAGCUAUGAAUGGAAAAGAGCAUAUUUCAGAUUCCACGAGCCUUAUACUGAUUUGGCCUACGCGCUGGAGACAGAUAAGGGAGGAGCAGUAGCUGUUCAAAUGGCUGUUCAAGUGAACAUCAUUAAAUACUUGUUGUUUGUACAAAAUAAAGAAGAAAAUAUGCACCUGCAAAGUUUAUGUGAAAUAAGCCAAAAAGAACAAGAAAAGGCUCUUGUAGCAGCCUUGGCUGAUAUUCUAUGGGUAGCAGGAGAAGGUCAGAAAGCUACUGUCUGCCUUGUCACCAGUGAUACUUAUUUUACUCCCAGUAUAGACUACAAAGCUGAUCACUUUACUGAAAGAGUUCAGCUGUUUGACUUUUUUGAGAAGGAAACAGCUCAGCAGUUCCUCUGCGAUCACAUACACUGUCUGAACUGUGAAGGAAGUCAUGGAGUGAUUCUAUUUCUGUACAGCUUGCUUUUCUCAAGGACAUUUGAAAGGCUGCAAAAAGACCUUGACUGUACCACUACUCACCUGUUGCAAUGCAGGCUUGGAAGCUUCAUCUGCAGACAGGCCAUUCUGAACAUCAUCUUAACAGGCAGAGCUUGUCCACAAGUGUUUAAUGGGUUCCAGAAACUUGACGCUGAAGGCAAUGUGCAAAAGCAGCUGCAUGGUGUCUUGUCCCGCAGCGAGGUGGGCUAUUUACACUGGAGCAAGGAAGAACUGGAACAUUACAGAUUCCCACAGGUUGGAAGCAUGCUGAAAACUCCUAAAUUGCCUGUUUGGUUGUGCAAUAUCAGUGGAACAUACAGCGUCCUUUUCAGCACUAACAGGCUGCUCUUGUCCGACUGGAAAAUGGAACACCUCUUUGAUUUGUAUUUUUAUAAUGGGCAGCCCUCGCAGAAGACAACAGUGCAUCUAACAGUAGACACCCAUUCUCAUCACUGGGAGGAAAAUCACCGUGAGGAGGAUGGCGAUGCAGAAAAGCGAUUCCCUUCAGUGGAGAUGGCCAUCCGAACGAAGUGGGAGGGUGCUGCUAUCAAUUGGAACGGCGUGGUCCCCUUCUUCUGA